AUGCAGGAGCUGCGAGACUUGAUGAGGCACAAGCGGUUGGGAGUGUGGGGCGACAGCCACGGCAGGAACCUCUACACUCAGUUCAUCCGCAUGCUGACAGGCACGUUUGAUGAUAAAGUGGAUGAGCUGGCCAAGCAUUAUCAAGACGGGUUUUGGCAUGGCAUCUCCGCCACCGGCGAGACAGCAGCAAACUAUUUAAUGGGGGACCUGCACCUGAGCCUGCGAUGGCACACCACAAUCCCGCGCAUGGCACACGAAAUCUAUCAGCUGCAGCAGACCUCUCUAGGUUUGCCAGACGUGGUCAUCAUCUCAACCUCCUCCUGGUACUAUAGGCACAAGCUCCCCGUGUAUCAGCUGGAGCACGACUUACAAGAGCUGAGGGUGGCUGUGGAGGCUGCCGACGCAGCCGCACGCAAGGCUGGGCGGCAUUUGCUGUGGCUGCUGCUGACGGUGCCAUCUCGCGUGCGCGGCCGGAAUAGGAGCAGCACCUGGAGCGCCCCUCUCCAAGCCAUCUCUGUGUACAACAAGGCGCUGCAGGCCUCGGGCCUGCUGCACCCUCAAGGUCCCAUGCUCCUGCUCGACCUGCACGCCCUGAGCGAGGGCUGCCUCGCAUGGUGCAGCUACGACGGCAUUCACGCCAAUGCCGCCGUGUAUGCGCUGGUCAACCAAAUGAUUGCCAAUCUGCUGAAGCUGCCGCCAGAUGUUGAUAGAUUUGACGACCAUUCGGCGCCAGGAUCUGCAGUGGCAGUAGGCUCCGCCAAGCCUGUCGGGACCGCGGCAAAAACCACUGCGCCUGGUCCCAGCCGCCCGCUGAAGAAGAGCCAAGCCGUUGCCGUGAAUCUUCAGCAGAUUGCAGCUAAGCGGGCGAUGAGCAAGCAAGGCUUGCAAGCAGGCGCCAAGCAGCCGCGGUAA